ACUGGUAACAGGGGGUACUGUGUGUCCCCCUGCCAGCAGUGAUGUACCCCAUGAUGGUCCCAGGUGCCCUCUGGGUCUGGCUGCUGCACUCAGCUGCCUGCUUGGCCAGUGGCCAUGGCCCAGUUGGCAAGAAGGAGAUCAGCAUUGAGGGGGACCUGGUCAUCGGGGGCCUCUUUCCUGUGCAUGAGAAAGGUGUGGGGAGUGAAGACUGCGGCAAAAUAAAUGAACAUCGGGGCAUCCAGCGUCUUGAGGCUAUGCUCUUUGCCUUGGAUGAGAUCAACAAGGACUCAAGCAUUUUGCCAGGGAUCACACUGGGUGCCCACAUCCUCGACACCUGCUCCAAAGACACUUAUGCCCUGGAGCAGUCACUUGACUUCGUCCGUGCCUCCUUGACCAAGGUGGAUGGCUCAGAGCAUAUUUGCCCUGAUGGCUCCUACGCGGUCCAUGAUGAUGUACCCACAGCCAUCACUGGUGUCAUUGGGGGCUCCUACAGUGAUGUCUCCAUCCAGGUAGCCAACCUGCUGCGGCUCUUCCAAAUCCCACAGAUCAGCUAUGCUUCCACGAGUGCCAAGCUCAGUGACAAGUCCCGGUAUGAUUACUUUGCCCGCACCGUCCCGCCAGACUUCUACCAAGCCAAGGCCAUGUCGGAGAUCCUCCGUUUCUUCAACUGGACCUAUGUCUCCACUGUGGCCUCAGAAGGUGACUAUGGUGAGACAGGCAUAGAGGCCUUUGAGCAAGAGGCCCGCAUGCGCAACAUCUGCAUUGCCACCUCGGAGAAGGUGGGGCGCUCCAUGAAUAAAAAGACCUAUGAUGGUGUGGUCAGGGCCCUGCUGCAGAAGCCCAAUGCCAGAGUGGUCGUGUUGUUCACCCGGAGCGAAGAUGCCCGGGAGCUGCUGGCAGCUGCUCACAGAGCAAAUGUAUCCUUCAUGUGGGUAGCCAGUGAUGGGUGGGGAGCCUUGGAGAGCGUGGUAGCUGGAAGAGAAGCCAUUGCAGAGGGAGCCAUCACCAUUGAGUUGGCGGCAUACCCCAUUAAAGAGUUUGCUGCCUACUUCCGCAAUCUCAACCCCUACAACAAUAGCCGAAAUCCUUGGUUUCGGGAGUUUUGGGAGCACAAGUUCAAGUGCAGCUUCCACACUCAAGAUUGCAGUCGAUACUCCCUAAAGACAGGCAAGUUUGAGCCAGAGUCCAAGAUCACAUUUGUGGUUAAUGCAGUCUAUGCCAUGGCUCACUCUCUUCACAACAUGCACCGAACUCUGUGCUCCAAUGUCACCAAACUCUGCGACUCAAUGAAGCCUGUUAAUGGCAAGAAGUUCUACAAGGAUUUCAUACUCAAUGUUAAUUUUGAUGCUCCAUUCAGGCCAGCAGAUACCAAGAGUGUUGUGCGAUUUGACCGCUUCGGUGACGGGAUUGGGCGCUACAAUAUCUUCAACUAUCACUACAUGGAUGGGCGUUAUCAGUAUCAGAAGGUGGGCUACUGGGCUGAGGGGCUCAUUCUCGACACCAGCCUCAUCCCGUGGGCUGAAACAUCUGUCCCAGUGUCCCAGUGCAGUGACCCAUGCAAGAAAAAUGAGAUAAAGAGCAUGCAGCCUGGAGACAUAUGUUGCUGGAUCUGCAUCCCCUGCCAGCCUUAUGAAUACCUGCUAGAUGAAUUCACCUGCAUGGACUGUGGUCUUGGUUACUGGCCCAAUGAGACCCUGAAUGGUUGCUUUGAGCUGCCCCAAGAGUACAUCCGCUGGAAAGAUGCUUGGGCCAUUGGUCCGGUCACUAUUUCUUGCCUGGGAUUUAUUGCCACUCUCUUUGUUUUUGGGGUCUUUAUCAAGAACAAUGACACCCCCAUUGUGAAGGCCUCAGGGCGGGAACUCUGCUAUAUUCUCUUAACAGGGGUCCUCAUGUGCUACAGCAUGACCUUCAUCUUCAUUGCAAAGCCUUCCACUGAUGUUUGCACGCUCCGGCGCCUGGGGCUGGGCACAUCUUUCGCUGUCUGCUAUUCGGCUCUCUUGACCAAGACAAAUCGCAUAGCCAGGAUCUUUAGUGGUGUAAAGGAAGGGGUACAGCGCCCUAGGUUCAUAAGCCCCACAUCGCAGGUGGUCAUCUGCAUGGCCCUCAUCUCCUGCCAGCUAAUCAUCGUUGUUAUCUGGCUGCUGGUGGAGACUCCUGGCACUGGCAAGGAGACAGAGCCUGACAAGAGAUAUAUUGUUACCCUUAAGUGCAACAACCGUGACUCCAACAUGCUCAUUUCGCUCACCUACAACGUCCUCUUGAUUAUCCUGUGUACGGUGUAUGCCUUCAAGACACGGAAAUGCCCCGAGAACUUCAAUGAGGCCAAGUUCAUCGGAUUCACAAUGUACACAACCUGCAUCAUAUGGCUGGCCUUCCUGCCAAUCUUCUAUGUGACCUCCAGUGACUACCGAGUCCAGACGACCACCAUGUGCAUCUCAGUGAGCCUCAGUGGCACCGUGGUCCUCGGCUGCCUCUUCACUCCCAAACUCCACAUCAUCCUCUUCCAGCCCCAGAAGAACGUGGCCAGCCACCGCGUGGGCACCACUCGGUUCAGCGUGGCAGCUGCAGGCUCUAGCCAGUCCCAUGGUUCUGCCUCACAGUACGUGCCCACAGUGUGCAAUGGUCGCGAGGUGGUGGACUCCACAACGUCCUCCCUGUGAAAGAUGGGCUGGCUGCUCCAAGGUGCUGC